GAAGCAGCCUGUGGGGCGCUCGGUCGGAGUCGCUGUCCGCCGCCGCCAUCCGCGCAUCGCAGCGCCCGACAGACCCCCCCUCCCCUCCCCGCGCCAUGUCGGACUUCGACAGCAACCCUUUUGCGGACCCGGACCUGAACAACCCUUUCAAGUUUCUCAGUGACAGUGUGCAGCUGAAAAUUGAGCUCUCAUUUAUAUGCUCAGGAGGAGCAGCAUUCCUCAUAAAUCAGCUGUGUGACAGAUGGGGCAUCUCACAAAUCAUGUUAAUCUAGAUUUGUAAGAAGAUCAGGGUGAAAUGAGGUGACCUACAGAAUAGGAAGUAUGAAAACAUGAAUGAGUUUCUAUUUCUACAUCAAAUAAAGGAUCCUUCAGUUACACAAGUGACGAGAAAUGUUCCUCCAGGAUUAGAUGAGUAUAACCCUUUCUCAGAUUCAAGAACACCACCACCAGGAAAUGUCAAAGUUCCCAAUGUGCCCAGUACGCAGCCAGCUAUAAUGAAACCAACUGAGGAACCACCUGCUUACACACAGAUUGCAAAGGAACAUGCCUUGGCCCAGGCUGAACUCCUUAAGCGUCAAGAAGAAUUAGAAAGAAAAGCAGCUGAACUAGAUCGCAGGGAAAGAGAGAUACAGAGUCUCAACCAGCAGGGAGGAAGAAAGAACAAUUGGCCUCCACUACCUGGAAAUUUCCCAGUGGGACCCUGUUUUUACCAGGAUUUCUCUGUAGACAUUCCUGUAGAAUUCCAGAAGACAGUAAAGAUUAUGUACUACUUGUGGAUGUUUCAUGCAGUGACGCUGUUUCUUAACAUCUUUGGGUGUCUGGCCUGGUUUUGCCUACAGCCCAUUCGAGGAGUUGACUUCGGAUUGAGUAUUCUCUGGUUCUUGCUUUUUACUCCUUGUUCAUUUGUCUGCUGGUACAGACCACUUUAUGGAGCCUUCAGGAGUGACAGUUCUUUCAGAUUCUUCGUUUUCUUUUUUGUGUACAUUUGUCAAUUUGCUGUGCAUGUACUCCAGGCUGCAGGAUUCCAAGGAUGGGGCAAUUGUGGAUGGAUUUCAUCCCUCACUGGGCUCAAUCUUAGUAUUCCAGUAGGCAUUAUGAUGAUAAUCAUAGCAGCACUUUUCACAGCAUCUGCUGUCAUCUCACUAGUAAUGUUUAAAAAGGUACAUGGUCUCUACCGCACAACUGGAGCAAGUUUUGAGAAGGCCCAACAAGAAUUUGCAACAGGAGUGAUGUCCAACAAAACUGUACAAACUGCUGCAGCCAAUGCUGCAUCAACAGCAGCAACUAGUGCUGCUCAAAACGCUUUCAAGGGUAACCAAAUAUAGCGAAAAGAAAUGAAAAAAUCACUACCAUUUUCAGCUGUAUGUUCUUUUUCAGUCACUUAUAUUCCCUAAAGACUUGUGUUAAAAAUGCACACAGCAUGUAUGUCUCUUCGGCUGUGCAUGGGCUAAAACAAGAAAAGGUCCUUGUUUCAUUACUUUGUACACUUAUUUAUUCAAAGGUACUUCCUGGCUACUACUCUUAACUUAAAAUGGUUCUAUUAUUCCUCAUCUUUUUGGAGGCACGCUAUAUUUGGUGAAAAUUUAAACCAGUGAAUCUGAAAUUGAUAUGGCAACUUCUGGCGUCAACUUAAAUGAUUUUUUUUGGGGGGGCAAAGGGGGGUAGGUUCUUGUCAAUAGCUGUCCCUGGAAACUUUCAUUUUGACUUGAGACGAGCACUUUGGAUUAACUCCUUCUAUUCAUAACAACUUGCUUCCCUAUUUUCUUAAUGUAAAGAAUAGGGCAACUGAUGGUCUUGAAUAUGAAAUUUUGGCUGCUGCUUUAUAGCUUCAGCAGCUGAUGAAGGACAAAUGUAAGCUUAAAAUAAGUAUGAUAGAUAAUGUAAAUUUCUUUCUUUUUUUAGGAUAAUAGGUCUUUUGAUAAAAAUCUGAGUUUGCAUGAAACAGUUUUGACCAUGCUGAGCUAGUGUUUUGGUCCAGAAUUUGUCUCUACCACUAUGGUCACAGUAUUUGUUGGGAUCUGUUUUCAUGGCGUGUGGUCUUCUUACAGAAAUUUUGGAGCACAGGUAGUCUCACCAAAAUAUGUGAUGCAACAGGCAGUGAGAAUUGCGUUUAAUGGAAUCUGAGUGAUUAUAUAUGCUGUUUUUAAUUUCAGUAUUCAUGUCUUUGGAAAACAUACUGCUAAAGAGAACCCAUUAACCAAUAUUUAGAACACUCCCAUAGCUAGUCCUUUUUGAUCUGUGUUAAAAUGCAGUGGAAUUUUUGUUGUGCUUAAGGAGUCUGGCAUUUUUUAAAGUGUGCACUUGUGUUUAACAAUGGUACUAAAUCUUUAGCCUUGUCAAUCACUCUGUUUAUUGCUUGUACAAACAUCUGAAUAUACAGUAUCUUAUUGAAAUCUUUAAAAACAACCAUAGUCUCUAAUCAGGCAUUUUAAAAAUGGAAUUUAAUUAUGUACUUGAAUUCUUUUUAACAUACUUCAGCCUUUAUGUGUGACUUUUAAUCUGAAUAAAUGCAUUUUAUAAAAUGCUGAUUGAGGAUGAGUUUUCAGUGCAGUAAGAAUUAGCUAUGAGUGUUGCACAGAGGUUUUUUCAUUUUUAAUUCAUCUUUGUAUCCUGAGUCGUAAUCAGCUCUCAUUUUAAGGUCACCCCCCUGACAUUCUGACAUAUAUGAAUUAUUGGAUUGCAACUUGGAACAUAUCUUGGAUUAACUUUUCAAAUAGCAUUCAAUUGCUGUCAUUAAAGACUCUUAAUUCUUAGGUACUGCAUAAAGGUGUUUCAAUAUAUGUCCUAAUCUUAACAUACUCUGACCCAAUAUUUAUUUGGGAAAAGUAUUAUUCAGCUGACCCACUAUUGGAAAAAUAUUCAGCAUGGUCUAAAAGCUAUGUCUGGGGUAUAUUCAUAUAUCAAAUUACAAGCUUUACCUUAUAUGAAUAAACAGGAUUAAUUUGACAGCUUAAUCACAACAGCAAAUACUAGAAAAUAGACUACCUAGGAAAUACAUUUUGUAAACAGUUUUUUAUACCUAACACAGGGCAAGUCAUAUCAUGGAUGUUGUGAGGAAUUUGAUGUAUUUAGUCCUUGAUUAGUAAGAGAGAGUUUAGCUUUCUUUAAUGUACAUUUUAUUUUAAUCCUUCAUCCUACUUCAGUUGCCCUAUAACAUUUUUGUUGCUAAUCCUGUAACUUGUAUUUGGGGUGGGGGAUGAAUUUUAUUUACAGUUUAAAAAUCAAUAAAUUGUUCUUGAAUAUUUCUUUUCCUCAGGGGAUAAAGCAGAAUGAAACUUGAAAUAGAUAAAUGCAAGUCUGGUUUGCAUAAGUCUUGUAGCUAUUUUGGUUCAAGAAAACAAGACGACAUAUGUUGAUUUUAAUGUGUACAAUUUUACAGAUCAUCAUCUACAAAAUUCACCAUCAAGGUUAAAUCAAAAGUAGCAGAGUGAAUCUCAGAAUUCUCUCCCAACUUCUGAUUUUUAGUUUUUGGCAAAAGGCUGUUGUAUGUUAAAAUAUUUUGCACCAGGAUUAAAAUAUGUCGGUUAAAAAUUACAUACCUAUUAUUUAAGUCAUUUUGUAGUACCCAGUUGUGGCUAGAUGAAAAUACAGAGGUUCAACACUGGAAUGUCAGUACUCUUGGCUAUAGUUUUGGCAUUGGAAUAGAUUAUCUGAGGGAUAUAUGUAUAUUUUGUAAAUUCCUAACAAUGCUUUGCCAUACUGAUGAAUGUCAUGGUUCUGUACAAAUGCACACAGAUCCUCUGAUGUUGCAUGUCUGGGUAGUUCAAAGGUUCUACAUAUUUAUUGUAUUAACUCAGUGACAUAGAAUAAAAAUGUUUCCUAAUUGUUUGCUCUGUAUAGUUUUGAAACUCGAGUAGGAAAUUUUUGUAAAAGGCAAGCUAAAAUGCAAGAGGGUUAAUGUGUACAGAAUGUAUCACAUAUUUCUCCCCCACCCAGCUCUAGUCAUAUGUAGUUACACAGAGGCAGAAAUUACUUCAUUGGUUUUAUUGCAUUAUGAAUUGAUUUCAUUAUUUCAUAUGUUGUAAGUCACCUUGAUACAUUACUUAAAAACUGAUGUGUGACACUGCGUUCAAUCCAGAUUCUGGCACUACUAAUCACAUGUAACUAUGCACAGCUAGAGCUGGAUCGGGGUUUUUUUUUGUAAUCUGUAUAUAAAUUCUGUGAUCUGCUGCAGUGGGAAAAAUAUGUCGAUUACCAGAACAACAAAUUGAUACAAUUAGAACUGGGACUGGUUUAAAGAAGCACCCAGUAAUAGUUGGUGUGUUUUGGUUUUGUGAUGUAAAUUGGAAACUUUAAAGAGAAUGAUUUGUCGGUACUGACGAAAUCUAGGAGUAUUAAAUUUUGUCUGGGAACUUGUUGGAAGUAAACUGAAACCUCUGAAAACAAA